AUGGUACAAUCAAAAUCAAAUACUAGUCUUGCAAACAGAAGACAAUCGUCUUUCUUUUACAACUUGCCCCAGGCUGAUCCUGAUGUUUACUACGUUGGUGUCGAUGUUGGUACUGGUUCAGCUAGAGCCUGCUUAAUUGACACCAAUGGUAUCAUUUUGGGGUUGGCCGAGAAGCCAAUUACUAGGCAAGAAUUGAAACCCAACUAUAUUACUCAAAACUCGACCGAAAUUUGGAACUCAAUCUGUUACUGUGUCAAGCGUUGUUUGAAUGAAUCAGGGGUAGACCCUCACCACGUUUUUGGUAUUGGGUUCGAUGCUACUUGUUCAUUGGUAGCUGUUUCAGAGUCCAAUGACACUCCUGAAUCUGUUGGUCCAAAUUUCGAUGACAAGGAGGAAAACAUCAUUUUAUGGAUGGAUCACAGAGCCGAGGAUGAGACAAACACCAUCAAUGCCACUGGUGACAAAUGUUUGAAAUAUGUUGGUGGACAAAUGUCAAUUGAGAUGGAGUUGCCCAAAAUGAAAUGGUUGAAACAUCAUAAGCCGGGUGGAAUUGACGAUUGUAAAUUCUAUGACUUAGCUGAUUUCUUGGUACACAAAGCCACUGGUACCGAAACAAGAAGUUUUUGCUCGGUGGUAUGUAAACAAGGAUUUGUUCCAAUUGGCGUUGACGGCUCGGAAACAGGCUGGUCAAAGGAUUUUUUGUUGGCAGUAGACAUGCCAGAGUUGAUCGAGGACAAUUUUAGAAGAUUGGGAGGUAUUCCUGGUGUCAAUGGUAAAUACCUCACUGCUGGUAAUAUUGUUGGCAAAUUGACUGACAAGUCGGCCGCUGAAUUGGGAUUAAGCAGUGAAUGUAUUGUUGGUUCGCCUGUUAUUGAUGCUUAUGCAGGAUGGGUUGGUACCGUUGCCGCUAAAGCUGAAGUGCCUGAAUUGCUUGAGGAAAAAUACGAUGGUACUAUUGGCGAUGCCUGUGGCAGGUUGGCAGCAGUUGCUGGUACUUCUACCUGUCAUAUUGCCAUGACUAAGGAGCCAUGUUUUGUCAAGGGUGUCUGGGGUCCGUACAAGGACGUUAUGGCUGAAGGGUACUGGUUAGCCGAAGGUGGCCAGUCAAUCACAGGUCAAUUGUUGGCACAUGUGUUGAGUAUCCAUCCAGCAAAUCAAGAAUUGUUAAAGGCAUCUGAGCAGUCAAAUAUUUCUAAGUUUGACUAUUUGAACUCCUUAUUGGAGAGAAUGGUCAAGACCAAGGGAGAAAGAUCAGUUGUCUCAUUAGCUAAGCAUAUAUUCUUUUACGGUGAUUUCCAUGGUAACAGAUCCCCCAUUGCUGAUCCAAGAAUGAGGGCAAGUUUAAUUGGGCAAUCGUUGGACAAUUCUAUUGAAGAUUUGGCCUUGAACUAUUUUGGUGCUUGUGAGUUUAUUGCUCAACAAACGAGACAAAUUGUGCAACAUAUGGAAGAGGCAGGUCACAAUAUCAAGUGUAUCUUUAUGAGUGGUGGUCAGUGCCGUAACGGAUUAUUGAUGAGAUUGUUGGCCGAUUGUACUGGUUUGCCAAUUGUUAUUCCUAGGUAUAUUGACGCUGCUGUGGUGUUUGGUUCGGCUUUGUUGGGUGCAGUUGCCGCUGAAGAAUCGGUCAUUGACCAUCGUUGCAAUGGUCCACAUUCAAAGAGAGCUAAACUGUUGGCAGAGAAGGGAGGUGCACAAGAUGCACCCAUUGAAAUCCCAGAAUCGCCAUACACUGCACCUACUGCUACAUCAACCACCAAUUUGGCAACCAUUGCUUACGCUCAUUCUAAUCCAAACAACGUUGAUUACUUUAACCAACCAGCACAACAACAGCAACACCAAACACGCCACAAGGCCGAUGAUCAAGAAGAUUCCGAUGAUGAAAACACAUUGUCGUUUGGCUCCAAACAAGAAACACAAAAGGGCUUGUCACAUAAAUUGGCCAGUUUGGGUUUGAACAAACCAUUGUCAUCAUCAAAGAAGGAUGAACAAGAGGCAAUUCCAAAAGAUUCUGGAGCUUUGUUGUGGAAGAUUAUGCAGAAGAUGACUGGACCAGGAAAAGUUAUUCAACCACGUGGUGAAGAUCACCCUGAUAGGAAAUUGUUGAAUGUCAAGUACAAGAUCUUUUUGGAACAAUGUUAUGGACAAAGGAAGUUUAGAGACGAAGUUGAUGCUAUAGAGAAGGAAAAUUUGAAGAAUAAGCAAGCUGCAAAGUAA